CUAUAUACCAAGCGACCCAUGUACGGACACAUCAACCAUCCACUGAUGAGCUACGGCGCCGAAGACUUCUCCGGUCAUUUACCGCCUCCAACGGGCGAAGAUUUCUACUCAAUGGCGGCGGUGGGGGCGGCCAAGUCGGAGGUAGGCUACACCAGUAGUGGCUGCAGCAGCUACGGGUCCCCGAGUUCCCUGACGGGUAGUCACUUCUCGGCCCCGAGCUCGAGCUCGAGCUUGAUGCAGAGGAGCGUGAGCAGCCACUCGCUACAGAAGAAUAUUUGUGGGUUUCCCCAGCUGACUCCGGCGUCGCUGCUGGCCGACUUCAUUGACUCCGAGACUUGUCCGGUGAGGAAGGUGUUUAGUACUGGUGAUUUGCAGAGGAUUAAUGUGGGGCAACACUACCAUCGAUCAAACAGCCCAUUAUCGAACGAGAACAGUACCAGCAUCAUAGAAGGCAUGAGCAGAGCUUGCCGUUACAGUCCUGAGGAGAAGAAGGAGAGGAUUGAGAGAUAUAAGAGCAAGAGAAGCCAUAGAAACUUCAACAAGAAGAUUCAGUAUGCAUGCAGGAAGACGUUGGCUGACAGUAGGCCGCGGAUCAGAGGGCGAUUUGCUCGGAACGAUGAAAUCGAGAAGAGCAGGUCCGGCCAGAACCAAUGGAACCAACACGCAGGUGCAGUCGAGGAAGACGAUGACGAUAUUGAUGACAAUUGGAUCAACCUUCUCGACUUAUUUUCCGCCAAUUUAAUUCCAUAAUUGAUCUUAAUGAGAUAUAUAUCUAUAUAUAUUAGCAAAAUCAGAGUGCUUUGCUUCUUAUUGUGAUGAUGCAUAUCUCAGUAGUCAGUUCAGUCGUAUUCCAAAUAUGCAUAAAGGCAUGGUUGAUUUGUGUGUAUUACCAUACCAAGUGACAAUUUGGAGGCUUCUGAUUUCUUGGGUGGAAACUAAUUAAUUAGAUAUCUACUGCGAUUAUGACUA